CCUGUAUGUUUUUGUAAUGGAACCUGCUUCACUCGCCUCUUUUGAUCCGGUAUACAGCUCCGACUGUGUCGAGUUCUUCCCGUUUGACGACUCGCAGCGGUUCCUGCUUGGAACCUAUCAGCUCCUGAAAGCCAAUGGUGAAAAAGCCUCCGACGACCAGAGCUUGACAUCGGCCGACGCCAGGCGCAUCGGCCGUCUUUAUGUCUGCGAUGCGCAGGAUAACGCCGACGGGUCAAUGUCGGUGGUUGAGCAGCAGCGGAUCGAGACUAGCGCGAUCUUUGAUGUCAAGUGGAGCUACAACAAGGUCAACGGGAAGGCCCUGGUGGGAUUGGCACUGUCUGAUGGCGACAUGGCAGUGUACGAGGCAGAUAACACCAGUGACUCGCAAUUCCUCAAACCACUAAUCAAGACAGCGGGGCCGACAUCCGACAGCAGCAUGUGUCUGUCGUUGGACUGGUCGAAUCGGCUGAUACAAGAGAGCCAGCCUCGGAUCAUGACUUCGCAGAGUGACGGAUCGCUAAGGCUUCUUCAGAUGCGCGAGUCGGGCGACCUAGAGAGCAGUGAGCCGUGGCACGCACACGGGUUUGAGGCAUGGAUCACGUCGUUUGAUUAUUGGAAUACGUCGGUCGUGUUCUCCGGCGGCGACGAUGCCGUGUUCAAGGGCUGGGAUCUGCGCAUGGAUCCGGUCGGAUCAUCCCCGAUCUUCUCGUCGAAGCGGCACGUGGCCGGCGUGUGCAGCAUCCACUCCAACUUCCACCGGCAGCACUUGCUCGCCACCGGCAGCUAUGAUGAAAAUCACAGCGUCGGUGGUGGUGUGUGGCGACUAAAGUGGCAUCCAACGGAGCCCACUCAGCUGCUGGUCGCAGGAAUGUAUGGGGGCUUCCAUAUCCUGGAUGUAGAUGUGGAUGGGCUAGAGAGGAGCGCAAAGCUAACCACGUCGUUCAUGGAGCAUGGUUCGAUUGCCUACGGCGCUGACUGGUGCCAGUUCAACCGUGGUCCAGCCAAGGACUGGCUGGUUGGCACCUGCUCGUUCUACGACCACCUGUUCCAUCUCUGGCGCAGGCCAGCCAUUGGCCAGCGGUAGAUAUACGCACGUGACGAGACCCUCUGGUUUGAGCGUGUGUGAGCGUGCAGGCGUGGCUACUUCUUGCCUUUCUGAAAAACAUUUUUAAUUGACAAUAAAC